AUGAAGUUCACUCAGGUUUUGGCCGUUGCCUACAUGGCCGCUGGAAGUGCUGCUCAGGCACCUAGCAGCAGGCCACCAAGCUCUGCUCCUGCGCCGCCUUCCAGCAGGCCCGCUAGCUCUGCUCCUCCGGCCUCUAGCAAGCCAGCCAGCUCUGCUCCCCCUCCUUCCAGCCGGCCCGCUAGCUCUGCUCCCCCGGCCUCCAGCAAGAAGCCAAGCUCUGCUCCUCCUCCGGCCUCGAGCAAGCCUGCUUCCAGCAAGCCAGCUCCGCCUUCCAGCAGCAAGCCGCCGCCUCCCCCAAGCAGCAAGCCAUCUGGCAAGCCCAAGCCAAGCAAGACUGAGUACACCACAGUCAUUUCCACGGCUUUCACCACGUACUGCCCGGAGCCCACUACCAUCUGCAUUGGUACCAAGACUUACACCGUCACUGCUCCCACCACCCUCACCAUCACUGACUGCCCUUGCACCAUCACCAAGCCUCUUCCUCCCCCUCCUCCUCCUCAUGUCAAGCCUCCUCCUGUCAACCCACCUCCCGUCAACCCUCCUCCUGUGAAUCCUCCUCCUGUCAACCCGCCCCCUGUCAAUCCCCCAGCCAACACUCAGGCUCCUCCUGUCAACCCUCCUCCUGUCAACCCGCCCCCUGUCAACCCUCCUCCUGUCAAUCCUCCUCCCGUCAACCCUCCUGCCAACACUCAGGCUCCUCCUGUCAAUCCUCCCGUCAACCCACCAGCCAACACCGAGGCUCCUCCGGUUGUCACUGCCGCUGCCGACAGGGCCAAUGCUGGCAUGGGAGCUCUCGUUGCCGCCGGUUUCGCCGCCAUGUUCCUCUAA